UUUCGUUAGUAGUGAAAUCAAGUUCAAGGAACUCGUAAGUCCCUCUUAACUGUCCGCGUCGCCCCGUCGUCUUCGGCCCGAUCUGUCGCCGACGCCGAAGACCCGCUCGCGGACCCGAAACUGGAUCACCUCCAGAUAACCGAGGCAGGUGCAGAAAAUCUUCUAUAAUAUUUACAGAGCAAAAUGUAGAAAGAUGUAACCUCUGCCGUCAGACCAGACUUCCAAAAGAUUUCCAGAGAAAUAUAAGACUGAUUCAAGAUUAAAAUAUAAUAUAAAGAGCUCAAAAUUUCCUCAGAAAAAAGCUCUCACUCCAAACCAAAGUGUUAACCAUCAGAUUAGAAAGACAAUCAAUCCAUACAAACCACCAUGCCGGUAACUAUUUUAUCAACCAUUCUCGCUGCACUCCUAGCGGUCCAGGUCCAUUCCUUCGGGCUCGGAGUCUUCCAAGAGAUCUACCGAGAAUACAAGAAACAAGGAAUCCCAUUCAGAGAAGACCCUUGGCUCGGCAACAAGCAAAUCUACGAGACCUACGACUUCAUAGUUGUGGGCGCCGGGCCAGGCGGCGCCACCGUCGCCGGCCGUCUAUCCGAAGUCGAAGACUGGAACGUCCUCGUCCUGGAGGCCGGCAAAGACGAAUCCAUCUACACGGACAUCCCAGCCCUGGCCAGCUACCUCUUCUUCACCGACUACAACUGGGGCUACACUUCAGAGAAGCGCGACAACCAGUGCCUGGGCAGCAAGGACCAGCGCUGCGUAUGGCCAAGAGGUAAAGGCAUGGGCGGCGGCAGCAUCAUCAACUACAUGAUCUACACCCGUGGAAACCGUAAAGACUUCGACGACUACGAGAAAGCCGGGAACACUGGAUGGGGUUGGGACGAUGUUCUACCUUACUACCUGAAGUCGGAGAAGACGUCAAUCAGGAAGUUCAAGGAUUCACCUAACCAUUCGACCACUGGUAAGUUACACGUGGGCUACGCUCCCUAUAAGAGCGAGCUUCUGGACUCCUUCCUCGAGGCGGGCAGAGAGUUGGGCUACGAUGAGGUGGACUACACGAACAGCACCCCGAUUGGUGUGUCCAGGGUACAAACGACUAUCCUGAAGAGUCGCCGUUGUAGCGCGUCGAAAGCCUACCUGAAACCGGUGAAGCAUCGGCGUAACCUCCAUGUCUCCAUCGGGUCCCGAGUGACGAAGGUCCUCAUCGACCCCACCACGAAGAAGGCAAUCGGCGUGGAGUUCGUGAAGAACCGCAAGCGGCGCACGGUUAUGGCGCGCAGAGAGGUGAUCCUCGCCGCGGGGGCGUUGAACACACCGCAGCUACUAAUGUUGUCCGGUGUCGGGCCGAAGGAACACCUGGAGGAACUGGGCAUCAAGCCUGUCAUACAGAACCUGAGGGUUGGCGAGAACCUCAACGAACAUUGGACCUUCGCCGGACUGACCUUCUUGGUCAACGAGACAGGGCUGACGAUAAACGAAGAGCGGGCAAACGACCUGCUCCUUUUCAAGGACUGGUUCGUGGACCAUAAAGGACCUCUUUCGUUGUGUGGAGGUGUAGAAGGACUGGGCUACAUCUCGACGAAGCACAACAAGAUACCCAAGCACCCGGACAUCGAGCUGAUCUUCGCCUCCGGGUCUAUGCUUUCCGGUGAUACGUUGAGGAGGAGUUUAGGCAUCUCGGACGAGUUCUUCAACGAGGUCUACGGCCCGGUCAUCGGCCGCGACUCUUGGACGAUCCUCCCGAUGAUCCUGCACCCCAAGUCCCGCGGACGUCUUCGCCUCAAGGACAAGAACCCCUGGCACUGGCCCGUCUUCGAGCACGACUACUUCCAGUCGGAGGACGACGCCAGGGUCCUCGUCGAGGGGAUCAAGACCGCGGUCAAGUUCGCGGAGACGCGGGCGUUCAAGAGGUUCGGGUCCCGGCUCUUCGAGAUGCGGAUCCCCGGGUGUCCAUACGCCUUCGGGACGGACGAAUACUGGCGGUGCGCCUUGAAGUACCUGAUGUACACGCUCCACCAUCAGUCCGGCACGUGUAAGAUGGGCCCCAGGUCGGACCCCACGGCGGUGGUGAACCCGCAGCUCCAGGUGCACGGGAUCCAGAGCCUGAGGGUGUGUGAUAGCUCCAUCUUCCCGCAGCUCCCGACGGCCCACACCUACGCGCCGACGGUGAUGGUCGGCGAGAAGUUGGCGGAUAUGAUCAAGGAGGCGUGGGGGGUCGAGACGACGACGGGUAUGAGCACGUUCCCCACGGAUCAGGUCACCGAGUCGCACUUUAAUAAUUUUGUCAAUUCCACCUCGAACUACGGGUAAGAUGUCGUUGGUGUAGCCUAACUUGAAGGCGCGGAGAUUUAUGCUCGGCGUUAAGCUCAAAACAAGUCCUUACUAAUUUUGUUCCAAAAUAUGAAUGGAUUCCUUUCUGCUUACUUUAUUCUUGUUUAGGGUAUUUUGAUGGUGAGACCGCAUGACCUUGUACCUAGGUUUGGGAUGUUGCAAAGUUCCUAUAACGUUUCAUUUCGAUGGAUAAAAACCAACAAGUUUUGGUUUCGGAAAUUAUGCUCUUAUUUUUCCUUUCUUGUCUAAAAACAAUCAAGAGGAUUCAUAGCCAAAUUUUAUCGCAAUAUUACGAAGUUUUACUUAAUGACUCAUUUCUGCAUUUAUGAACUGGUGCAUGUUGUACAUUAAACAUUUUAAAUGUUGUCAAAUCACAAAGAAAAUACAUGAAUCAUUUUGAAUGAAAACACGCAACAAUUCUGAAAUGAAUCACAAAGUAUUGUUGAGUAAAAUCUCGCAACGUUGUAAUGUAAUGAAGAUCCUUUGGCUCUGAUCCUUUCAUCUCUAAAAUUUUCCCGAAAAAUUAUGAUAAAGUUUUAAUCUUAAAUAAUUUAUUUUUCUUUUCUGCAACCGCAACCGAGAUCCACGAGGGUUUCAUUCUUUGGUCUCACCAUCAAUUUGGAAUUGGAAAAAUGUCUGUGCGACCUUAUCUUAGACACUUCACGACACUUUUUUUUGGAAGUUCGGUGUUUAAUCCUAGCCCACACAACUGGUUGUAAAGGUUAAGUCCUUAUCCACCGUCUUUUUCCGUCAUAAGCGUGAUAAAGGUGCUCCGGUAAAGACCUGCUUUUUCCCAAGUAGCACCGAUUGCGAUAAGUAGCAAUUACAUUGUAAAAAUAUUGCAAUUCAAUUGAGUGUUGUGUAUGUUGCCUAGCUCCUA